AUGGCCACUGAAGCAGACUGCCACCACACUGCAAUGGCCCUUCAGGACACCCUUGCUGGGGAGUUUGCCAAAUCCGUAGCGACACCUGUUGGGAAGGCAGCAGCUUCCCCUGAUAUUAAGGAUAGCGCUGUUAUCUGUGUGAUAUCAUAUGGGUAUAUGAACAGGCUGAGUAAUGCAGCUGUCCAGACUACUGAGUAUACGACUAGGUCUGUGGCGACCGGAGGGGCUAACUCGGCAUCUACUCUCAACAAGUCUACCAUGACCUCGGGGAGGAAGCGGAGCAAUGUAGGGGUCCAAGUAGAGGGGGAUAGCCAUGAGGUCUCGGCCCAAUCACAGUCUGUGGAUGGGAAUAGCUCUAAUAAGAAGGCUGGAGGGAAGAGGAAGAAGAGCGAUGUUGAUAGUGUGCAAGCUGAUGAGGUCCUCCAUAAAUGUAAGCGACGGUCAAAGAAGGCGAAUACCAAAGGGGUAAAGAAGAGGAAUAAGACUGAAGAGAGCGGCCCUUGCCUCAUAGUGGAGUUGCCUGAAGCUGGUCAUGGGGCUACAGAGGAACCUGUCGAGGACCAUGAGAUAAGCGCUU